AGGGCUUUAGAAGCUUGAGGAAGACGAUGGCGGAUAAUGGCGACGAUCCAUACGCCGAUGAGGAGGAGGAGGAGGAGGACGAGUACGCGGUGGAGGGGGCGACCAGGGAUUACGUCGUGUUUCUGAUCGACGCUGGGAAAGAUAUGCUUCUCCAGCUCCAGACAAAGCGGGGAGAGACUAAAACUUACUUGGAAGCUGUGAUGGAAUCUAUCACUGAAGAUUUGAAGACGAGGAUCAUUUCUAGAGACACCGAUGAAGUGGGAAUUUGCUUCAUCAACACGCGCGAAAAAAAUAACUCGCUCUCCUCAGAGGGUGUUUAUACGUUUAAGGAGCUCAGCAAGCUCUCGGCUUCUUUUAUCAAAGAUACUUCUUCCUUGUGCGAAAACUUUGAUAGUGUUAUAGGGAGCAACGAUGGUUCUAACUACGGGGCCAGAGAAAAUCCGCUUUACAGUGGCCUUUGGGUCGCACAAGGCAUGCUCGGAAAGAGUGCUACAAAGAAUCUAGGCAAGCGAAUUCUGCUGUUUACGAACAACGAUGAUCCUUUCGAAAAUGCGGAUCCCGUUACAAAGGCUGACAUGAGGAGAACAACUAUACAACGGGCAAAGGACUCGCAAGAUCUUGGAAUUUCGAUUGAACUCUACCCGAUGAGCAGGCCUGGAGAAGAAUUUAAUCUCAACAUCUUUUAUAAGGAUAUGAUUACCAUGGAAGAUGACGAACUGUCGAAUUUUAUGGUUGGUGCAGAAAAAAGAUUUGAAGAACUCAAGGCUAGGAUGAGAAAGAAGCUUUUUCAAAAGCGUGUUGUAAGGAAAAUAACGUUCACCAUUGCUAAUGGGACUAGUAUCGGUCUCGGGACAUAUGCGAUGGUUCGGCCGGCUACGACAGGCAAGUACGAGUGGCUUGAUUCCACGACAAACAAGCCUGUGAAGUCUGAACGAGCUCUCAUAUGCACGGAUACGGGCGCUAUAGUGACGGAAUCUACGAAACGUUUUACACACUAUAACAGUAAGCGAGUUCUCAUGACACGCGAAGAGCUUGCAGAAGUAAAAAAGAUAACGGACGUACAAGUCCGACUUCUAGGCUUCAAAUCAAUUGCUUGCCUUAAAGACUAUCACAACUUGAGGCCAGCCACGUUCCUGUAUCCUAGUGAAGAGGCCAUCAAAGGCAGCACCUGUCUUUUCAUUGCGCUACAUAGGUCUUUGAUCCGGCAGAAAAAGUUUGCUUUGGCGUUUCAUGGAAAUUCGACGUCUCCUCACCUGGUUGCUUUGGUUCCCCAGGAAGAGAUUGUGAACGAGUAUGGGCAAGUCCAGCCACCUGGAAUGCAUAUGAUCUACCUUCCAUAUGCAGAGGACAUUCGACAGCCUGAAAAGAUAAAUCUGAGCAAAGGUGGAGUUGAAAUAGCGGCAAAAGAGCAUAUCGACAAAGCAAUGGCUCUCAUCAAGAAGCUCCACUUGCGAGAAUUUACAGUAUACGAUAUACAAAACCCAGCCCUUCAAAGACACUAUUCAAAUCUGCAAGCUCUUGGACUCCAGGAAGACACCGUGGAAGAUGUCGAGGAUUGUACAUUGCCAGACGAGGAAGGCAUGAAAAGGCCGUCGAUAGUUGCCGUAGUUCAAGCAUUCAAAGACACUGUCUACGGGGCUGAUCAUGACCAAGAAGAGGCAGCUGCGGAGGCCGAACGGGCGAAAGGAAGCGUCACAGCUCAAAAGAGAAAGGCUGCUGCUGAAGUAGCGACCAAAGAAUCAGAAAAAUACAAUUGGCGUCAGCUUGCUUUGGACGGCGAGCUUAAGAAACUCACCGUGGUGGAGCUCAAGUAUUAUCUCGCGGGAAAGAAGCUCCCGCUCAGCGGCAAGAAAGAGAUCCUCAUUGAACGCAUUCUAAACGACUUGGGAAUGUAAUCUAUCUACACGGGGGGGAAUCAAAAAACUUGUGUAUCAUCACCAUCUUCAGAAAACGUGGUCCGCGAUCACGUAGACGUUGUCCGAGGUUAGUCUCACGUCCGAGAGAAUGUAGACUCCACAAUCGUGGGAAUCAAUCGCGACUUCGAAGCCAUCCUGCUGUCGCUCGCUCCAAUCUUCAUGCUGAGGUAUCAAGAAACAACGUUAAAGAGGCAUCAUUCAAAGUCGUAUCAGCACCUUCCACAAAUCUCGAACACAAACAGACACUCCCGGCUCCAGUCCAAGAUCAAACCAAUUCACUUUGAUGGCAACUCUUCGCCAAUCUCGGUUCCAGAGCGCUAAAACUAUUCUCUUGCCGGAGAGCGGCCCUGCCCAGACCUGUUGUUUCAAGGAUCAACGCAAGAACAAAGAUUUUCGCAGUGACGUCGUACCUCACGACAUUUACAACGCCCCUGCCUGCUAACUUUUCUAGCUUGAAUCCCCAGUGGAUCUAUCACAGGAGAAAUAUAACGUGAUUAAGUUUCCAUGCAAAA